AUGCAGCCUUUGUCUAAAAAGAAGCCGGUUAUCAUUGGAUUGUACGGAGUUUCUGGCGUUGGGAAAACAACUCUGUUGAAUCAGUUGAAGCAGAUACUCAAGGAAGAGCAUUUUCUGCUCUAUGAAGGCUCACAGAGUAAAAAGGCUGCUAUCGUUACUGGCUAUUUCAGUUUCUUCGACGGGCAAGAUGGCGAAGCUGCGCUCCCCAUAAUCACCAGCGAUGACCUUGACACGUACACGCACAUUUUAUACUUGGAUGUCCCACCCGAGGUAUUACUUGAGCGUCACACUCGUGACUACAACAGGGUUCGCUCUCUUAUCAGUAUAGAGAAUCUACACAUAUGGCAGGAGAUGGAGAUAUCACAACUUCGGCCGCUUUGGCUACAGCAUGGUAUUUUGUUCAUGCGUAUGACACCCGAACCGGAGUUGCAGAGAAGGGUAUCGAACCUGUUAUGUGAUUUACGUAUAUAUAACAAGGAAAUUAACCUGGAAUGCGCCAAAGCACGUAUGGAAGCCAUGAUCACUAAGCCGCCAUUGACAAUGCUUGUCCUGGAUGCGGAUAAGACUUUAUCUGAAAAAGAUACCGGUGUCUUAUUCUGGGAAAAGGACAAGUACCAUAUGGACGUCUGGGCGUUUGGUGACAGUCCGCUGGACAUGGAAAUGCUGAAGCGUGCUGACAAAGGCAUCGUUGUGGUUGGAGCAGAGGCGACAAGAAGUAAGUCCAUGGAUUCUGCCUUAAUUGAGGCUAUCGAAAGCGACGGGGCUCGCCUGCAACAACUUGUUUUACCUCGCACCACACCGAUAUGGCUGGAUUCCAAGAGGUUGCCUCCAUUGGAUAUUACCGGUGCGGGUUUCGUGGACUUCGUUCCGUUUCCUUCACCGCCCUCAAUCCAGCUAAUUCAUGCAACGGAAAAGAGCGCAGCUAGAUUGCUCAUGACCGGGAUGCGAAAUGCAAGUGUUGUUGGUCUAGAUCUCUGCAGAGCUCAUAAGUUCGUGGGAAAAUACCUAGCAACUGAACUCUUGUCUGACAUCAUUGGUGUCGAAGAGUACUCCAUCCCACAUGUCCUAGGCUAUGAGACAAGCGGUCAUCAGCUGUACCAUGAAGGCCAGACACUGAUCAUGGCAGUGAUGCGUGCGGGAGAGCCCAUGGCUUGUGGUGUUUGGGAUACUUUUCCUAAGGCAGCUUUCCUUCAUGUGAAGUUUCCGGAGGAUGUCAAACCUCACCAUGUAGAGGGGAAAGUCACGAUUAUCCUGGUUGACUCGGUGAUAAAUAGUGGCAAGACAGUAGCUGAAUUUUUGGAGCGAAUCCAGAAACUGCACUCGACCGCUGGCAUUGUGGUGGUAGCUGGUGUUGUCCAGGCUGAGUGUAUCUCCAGCCAAACCCUUACUCACAAGUUGCGUCACGGAGCAAAGGUGAGCGUUGUUGCUCUCCGGAUAUCGCAGAACAGGUACACAGGCAGAGGCACUACCGACACUGGGAAUCGUCUCUUCAACACGACCUCCUUGCCUUGA